CAGUAUCUUUAAUCCCUCAUUGAAUCAUUCAGAUUCUCUCUAUAUUUUUUUUAUCUCUUUCUCUCCAUCUCCUCAUCUCCUCAUCAUCAUCAUCAUCAUCCAAUGUUUUCCCUAUUCUGUGAAUGCUUUUGAAAGUUUACCUUUUACUUAUCUGAUUUACUCACUUCAAGCGAGAAAAAAAAAAUUUCAUUUUCUAUGUUUCUCUUACUUAAUUAAUUCUAUUGUAAUUUUCUUUCUCUAUCCUAUUGUGUGAAAUGUACAUUGCAACCUCGUCACUUACUACACCAUCAUUGGAAUCCAACAAAAAUGAUCUUGAAUGCUGGUCGAAAUCUGGAUGUUUUGGUGGUGAUUGUCCUAAAGAAAAGGUGAUUAGAUGUUCAUCCAAUCCGAAUGAAACUGGACCUCAUCAUUGUUACGUCGUUUGGAGCAAUACAACUGAAGGAAUUGAAGUAAAACUGUCCGGUUGUAUUCCAAGUAAAGAGAUUACCUGUGAUGACCAUUCUCGGUGUAUUGAAAGAGAUCGUAAAUCUCCCAAUGGUUAUUAUUUCUGCUGCUGUUCAACGAACCUUUGUAAUUAUGAUAUUUAUCAUUUACCAGUCCCGGAAGCGAGUAAAAUUGAACAAUCACCCGCUCAACCAACGCCGACAUUAACUUACGAUUCAAAUCUUUUAUGGUUAUCAAUUUAUGUUGCUAUCCCAUCAUUAAUCAUCUUAUUGGGAAUCGUUUUAAUCAUCAGUUGGUAUCAUCGGAACAAGUCACGAGCUUUUAGUGAUCAAUUGAGUAACAGUGAUGAAUCGGUUCCCAUUAACGAGCAGUCGUUUUAUCGGUUUAAAAAUUUGGAGAUGAUUGAAGAGAGAUCAAGAGGUCGUUUCGGUGCCGUUUGGAAAGCCCGAUUACCGAAUGAAAAUGGUUUCAUUGACGAGAAAUGGGUGGCCGUUAAAAUAUUUCCUUCGCAAGAGAAAAACUCUUGGCUUGCAGAACAACAAGUAUUCAUGUUGCCAAAAUUCGAACAUGAAAAUAUUCUUCCAUUUUUGGGAUUCGAGAAACGAGAAAAUGAUGGAGUCCCUUUCGGUGUUGAAUAUUGGAUUAUCAGUGAAUAUCAUGAACUUGGUUCUUUGUACGAUUACCUCAAGCAUAAUACCAUCGGAUUCAAUGAGUUGCUGAAGAUAAGUGAAGGUAUUGCUCGAGGAUUGGCUCAUCUUCAUGAUGAGAUUCCGUCGACUAAAAGUAUCAAUAAUAAGCCCGCUAUCGCUCAUCGAGACUUCAAGUCGAAAAAUGUUCUUCUAAAAAGUGACCUAACCCCACGAAUCGCUGAUUUCGGACUCUGUCUCAUCUUUUAUCCCGAUCGAUUACCCUCUGGAUUAGGACAGGUCGGGACUCGUCGGUAUAUGGCACCAGAAGUACUCGAAGGUGCGGUGAACUUUACACUGGACUCUUUGACUCGAAUCGACAUGUAUGCUUGUGGUUUGGUUCUUUGGGAAAUAUUAUCUCGAUGCAAGGGAGAAGAUGGAACUUUAAUUCCUGGUAAAUUGAUGCUUCCAUUUGAAGAAGAGGUCGGAGGGAAUCCGAGUCUUGAGGAUAUGCAGGAGGCCGUUUGUCAGGCGAAAAAGAGACCAGAGAUCAAAGCGAUUUGGAGAAAUUAUCGUGGACUAAAUGAGAUCUGUGAGACAAUCGAAGAAUGUUGGGAUCAAGAUGCCGAAGCUCGAAUAUCAUCGAGUUGUGUUUUGGAAAGAGUUAAAGGUUUAAUCAGAAAUAAUUCGAAUGAAACUGAUUAAUCAUCUCAACUUUUUAAAAAGCGUCGAUUUGCAAUAUUCAAGAAUCAAAGUUCUCAAUUAGUCAAUCACAAUUAAUGGUAUCAACUUGAAGGAAAAAAAAACAUCGUCAUUGUAUCGUCGAUAUUUUAAACUUGGACGCAAUUUCUUAGCAAGAAAUUAAGUUUACCACCCGAUAUAAAUCAUAAAUCGCUCAUCUAAACCACAAUCUUUCAUAACUUUUUAAAACAUCUCUUAAUUAACCUGAAAAUAAUCAAUUUCUAUCGUUUCAAUGAUCAAUUUUAAAGAAACUAUUUUUCUCGAAGAUUCCAAUUAACCAGAAUAUCAAACAAAAAAAAACUUAAUUUUCUGUGUGACUGUAAAUAUUUUCCUAUAAAACCUAUUGCAUUUUGGGAAGUGUCCGUUUCUUCAAAAGUGAAUCAAAUAAUCAAACAAUUAAUUUUGUCCUCCAUAAACAAUUAAUAUAAAUAUUUCCAUGGUAAUUCAAGUUAAUCAAAUGUGAACCAAAUCAUAACGAAGGCUCAAUGUAUUCAAAUGAGAAGAUCAAUCAUCUCUUAUUAUUUAAAUAUCUUAAUAUUUUCUUUACCUGUACUGUUCUGUCCUCUAUUAACGAUUACCAUUAAAUCUGAUUGUUGUCGUUUCUCAAACCAAAUUAAAAAUCUCUCACAAACAAUUAAA